AGUGACUCCGAAGCAAACACCUUUCCACCAACUACUAUUCCUUCCAUUGUUCUCCUUCUUUGUCCUCAAGCCACCAAUCUGUCGUGAUACUCGGGGACAAUCACUAUAAGGAUGUGUGCAGCACAUCUUGAUAUACGGCCAACUGCCGAUGAAGCUCGAGCUGCCUUCGACCAAGAAUGGACUCCUACAACUCAGCCCACGCUUCUACCCGUUUGCGCCUCUGCUCCCGCCGAUUUAUUGACUCCUUCAGCUAUCUAUCUUAAGCUGUCAUCGGGGUAAAGAUUACAAUGCUUCCACCGCCGAACCAUCCUCUGACUCACCACUUGCAGCGCAACUGCCGAAUACUCAUUUCUUCUCGAGAGUGCGACUGGAAGCACAGAGACAGUUGGACGAUAUAGUUUUAUUGGCGCCAACCCGCGAAAAGUACUGGCCACUGGCGACGGCUACGAACACAAUGGCGACCCUCUCAAGACCCUAGCGGCCGAACUUUCCAAUGAUCGAGUUCUCGAUAUUCCUUCGUUGGCGCUUCCAAAGCUGUCUGGUGGUGCUGUUGGAUACGUCUCAUAUGACUGUAUCAAGUACUUCGAGCCCAAGACCGAGCGACCACUCAAAGACAACCUCCAGAUCCCCGAGGCUUUGUUCAUGUUAUUCGACACCAUUGUCGCCUUGGAUCACUUCCGCUCGACAUUGACAAUUGUCACACAUAUGAAGUUGCCCAAGAGCCCAUCUGACGAUCUCAAACCCGCCUACAACGAGGCCUGCGAGACCCUCCGCAAGACCCUUGACAUCAUUUACCAGCCCGAGACUCCCUUGCCUGCCCAAACUCUCAGUGAGCAAUCAGAAUCAGAGCAGCAAUAUUCGUCAAAUGUGGGUCGCAAAGGUUACGAGACAUUCGUGAAGGAGCUCAAGAAAUACAUCGUCAAGGGAGACAUCAUUCAAGCCGUGCCUUCACAACGGUUCCGUCGAAGCACUAAGCUCCACCCCUUUAACAUUUACAGAACUCUCCGAACACUCAACCCCUCACCUUAUGUGUUCUUUCUCUCAUGCGCCGACUUUCACAUCGUUGGUGCUUCGCCCGAGUGUCUGAUGAAGACAGAUGGAUAUGCCCCAUUACCCUGUGACUCACGAUUCGGCUACUCCGCUGCCGAAGCUCGAUCAAGACCUCGUAUUGUCAACCACGCAAUUGCCGGUACAAUCCACCGUGGAAAGAAUGCCGCUGAGGAUGAUAGACUCGCUGCCGAGCUCUUGGCUUCCAAGAAGGACAGAGCCGAGCACGUCAUGUUGGUGGAUCUCGCCCGCAACGACGUGAACAGAGUCUGCCACCCCACGACCGUCAAGGUCGACCGGCUCAUGAGAAUUGACCGCUUCUCCCACGUUCAGCACAUCACCUCCGAAGUCUCGGGAGUUCUGCGCCCAGAGUGCACACGCUGGGAUGCCCUGCGCUCCAUUUUCCCCGCUGGAACAGUCUCUGGUGCACCCAAGAUCCGAGCCAUGGAGCUCAUCUACGACCUGGAGCAGGAGAAGCGGGGUAUCUACGCGGGAGCUGCAGGAUGGUUUGGAUACGACAUUGUGCGCGUGGACGAGGGCAGCGAGCCUGCGGACAGGGUUUUCGUCGACGAAGGGCCCAUGGACACGUGCAUUGCCAUCCGGACCAUGCUGGUCAAGGAUGGCGUGGCAUACAUGCAGGCCGGCGGUGGCAUCGUCUACGACAGUGACCCUACAGACGAGUGGAUGGAGACGAUGAAUAAAUUGUCCGCCAACCUCCGCUGUGUGGAGCUGUCUGAAAGGUACUUUGGCGAUGGGGUGAGCACUAAGACCGUGGAGGAGAUUAUUGCGAUUGAGAGGAAGAAGGGGGAGGAGGAGGUGAAGGAGGCUGAAAAGUAGGGCAUCUGCAUAGAAAGAUUUCUGAUGAAGGAUAGAUUCAGUUGAUACUCGUUGGCGCGCUUAUUGUGCACGAAGUCGUUUAUUUCCUUUUCACUGCCAUGCUGCCUGGGUAGUGUUGUUCUGACGGCAGAGGUUGUGAACGGUCAAGGCCUCACUGUUCAGGCCGACCAUGAGUGAAAGCAAAACAAUGCCAUGACAUUCACGGUUCAACCUAAACUUACAACAUGGACGGUGAACAAAUGAAUGUGCUUGGCUUCAGUGACUGUAUCAAAUCUGAGUAUAUAAUGAAACGAUGCUUACUCUG